AUCAAAAAAAAAAAAUGAUAUUAAUUGUUUGUUUAAUCAAUGCACGCACCGCAUAUAUUAUUACACAUGAGAAUAUGAGACUAGUAUAGAAAUGGAUGUACGUAGUCCUCGGCACGUCUACCUUAGGAGAGAGAAAAUGGAGGGAGCCAGGCAAAGGGGUGAGGGUACACUAUUCUCCAUUUGUACUUUAGUUUUUUCUUCCUUUUUUUCAUCCCCGAAAGUACCGUUACCUGAUCAUUAUUUCACAAGAAAUAACAAAAAUAUUAAAAAAUAUAUUUCAAAAUUCCGUUAACGGGUACAAUUGUCAUCCCGUUUUAGCUCAAUCAGGUAGGUUUUGGAUUAAUUUGGAAUUGUUGCACUUGAAGAACAAAAAAAGGGCAUGAUUUGAUGCAAUGCUGUCGAAUUUGAUUACAGGGAGAUUGGAAUUUUGAAUUGUGUGAUUUUCAGCAAAUUAUAUGAUUAUUUUGGGGUAAAAUUGUGUACGAGAAAGUUUUAAUAGAUGAGAUGAAAAAAAGAAAAUGGGAGUGGAAUAUUAAUAAUUUGGUGAUUCAUAGAAAUGAGAAGACUCAAUUGUAUCAUUAUUUUUGUAGCAAUUUUUCUUUUCCCGUGUAGUUUCUUGGAAGGAAAAAGUUUUACAAGAAUAUUUCGCAGUUACGGGUUCGAAUAUCCUCAAUUGGAGCUCAAGAGACAAUGGGCAGACUACAUGCAGAAAAGUUGCUCCAAAGAAUUGGCAGAAAUGAAGAAAGAACUUGGUGAAUGUGUCUUGUAUUUGUCAUUCAAGGCUGAUAAAAUUGACAUUAGAUCGAGUGCAGUUUGGUUGAAACAAAGAGGAUCUCAUGAAACCACGAUUACCCAGCAAUCCAACCUACAAGAACUUGUUUUGGUUUGCUUAAGAAUGAGUUACCAUCUUUUUCCUGGUUUUACUGAACAAAAUGGAUGUACUAGUCAUGCUAAAUUGCAUUUUCAUCAGUAUAGUGUUCCUAGAAGAUUCUUGGCUGACAAGUCUCCCAAAGCACCUUCCAGUACUGCUGCUGGUCCAGCAUCAGAUAUAUUUAACGACCCAAUUAUCAUACCACCUAAUUUGCUUCUUUCACCACCUCCGCCUAUGAAAGUUGAGGAUCCUCCAACCACUUCUGGAAGGGAAGAACAUAACAAAGACAUGAACAAAGUGAUAACCGUUGCUGCAUCAAUAGCAGGGGCUGUUGUCAUUUUUGCCUUACUGUUAUUUUGUUGCCUGAUGAGAGGUCACAGCUGCUAUGAAGAUAUGCAGAAAGAUGACAGACCUCUGUUGACAUUAAGUUCAAGUGACUACUCUGCUGGUUUUUCGACUAAUUCUGACAUUAAGGCUGUUGGAAAAAUUACAGCUUUCAAUGACUCAACACUAAAACAAGAGGGACAUGGCAAUUCCCUAGCUGGAAUUCCCGAACAUAGUCCUGGAAAUGCUGAAGGGCUGCCUUCCCAGAAACAUACUCCUGUAGAAUCAUGUCCUCCCAUCCCAGCUGCACCACCACCUCCACCACCAAAGCCUAAACCUCAGCCACCACCGCCACCAAAAAUUGUUCGACCUCCUCCUGCACCUCCAAAAGCAGGUGCUAUAGGACCUUCUAGCCGAGGACGGUCAGCUUCUGGUGAUGGUAGUGACUCUGCAGGUGACCCUGAUGCCCCAAGAACAAAGCUAAAACCAUUCUUCUGGGAUAAAGUGGUUGGUAAUCCUGAGCAGUCAAUGGUGUGGGAUGAAAUUCGAGCAGGAUCAUUCCAGUUCAACGAAGAGAUGAUAGAAUCUCUGUUUGGAUAUAGUUCUGAUGACAAAAGGAAUUCUGGGAAUAGGAAUCGUUCAAAUGAUCCUUCUCAACAACAAUAUAUACAGAUCAUUGAUCCAAAGAAGUCUCAAAACUUGUCCAUCCUUCUUAAAGCACUUAACGUAACAACAGAAGAAGUUCGUGAUGCCCUUAUCGAAGGAAAUGAACUUCAAACAGAGCUUCUGCAAACAUUGUUGAGAAUGGCACCAACACAAGAAGAAGAACUAAAGCUUCGAUUAUUCAAUGGUGAUGUUUCUCAACUUGGACCUGCAGAAAGAUUCCUGAAAGUAUUGGUUGAUAUCCCCUUUUCUUUUAGACGAAUGGACUCACUAAUGUUCAUGAUGACGUUCAAGGAGGAAGUUUCAAGUAUUAAAGAGUCUUUUGUUACAUUGGAGGUGGCUUGUGAUGAACUAAAAAAGAGUAGACUAUUCCUUAAACUUUUGGAAGCUGUUCUGAAAACUGGUAACCGUAUGAAUGAUGGCACCUAUCGUGGGGGUGCUCAGGCAUUCAAACUUGAUACUCUAUUGAAACUGGCUGAUGUAAAAGGAACAGAUGGAAAGACCACACUUUUGCACUUUGUUGUUCAAGAGAUAAUACGGUCUGAAGGCUUGAAAGCUAUGCGUGCUGCAAAAGAGAACCGUAGUAUAUCAAGUGUAAAGACUGAGGAUUCUUUUGAUGAUCCUACCUUUGAUCCAUCAGAACACUACCACACUCUUGGCCUUCAAGUAGUUUCAGGGAUUAGCUGUGAACUUGAAAAUAUAAAAAAGGCAGCAGUUAUUGACAGUGAUGUGCUUACAUCAACAGUGUCUAAGCUAGGGCAGUCCCUAAUCAAAGUUAAAAACUUCUUGGAUAACGAGAUGUGUAGUCCUGAGAAAGAGACUGGGUUCUAUUCUGUUCUUGAAAGUUUUGUAAAACAUUCAGAAGGUGAGGUAACAUGGCUACAAGAAGAAGAAAAAAGGAUAUCAGGUUUGAUGAGAAAAACAGCAGACUAUUUCCAUGGGAAUGCUGGAAGGGAAGAAGGCCUUCGUUUGUUCAGUAUUGUACGUGACUUUCUCUUAAUGUUGGAUAAGAUUUGUACAGAGCUGAGACAAUCUUAUGCAAAGCUAGCAAGAAACUCAAGCAAGGAAUCUUCACUCAAAAGGACUUCUCUAGAUCAGCACCAAUCCAUGCAGGACAUGCGCCAGAAAUUAUUUCCUGCAAUUGCUGAUAGACGUGUGGAUGACUCCACUUCAGAUUCUGACGAUGAUUAGAACAGCAUCGCCUGCAGCCUGGUAGAUUUUCCUCUGUAUUUGAUUGUUUUUUUUUUCACUAGAAUUAUUUGUUUCUGAUUUACUAGUAGUUUAUAAAAAUUAAAAAAAAAUCUAAAUGAUUAAUCAUUAUUCCCUCCGUAUUUUUUUGGAAGUUAUAUUUACUACUUGCGGCCGCCGUAUUA